GAGUGUAGUUGGGGCAGCCGUCGGGCCCCCUUUACCCCUGUGUUGGGUGCCUGCAGGCGGGCCCCGGCGGUGGUGACUGCUCCCGGGAACGUAGCAAGGGGCAUCAGGUCCUCAGGGCAGCCCGCACCAUGAGGUUGCUGGCGCUUUUCGGGAGUGCGACCUGGUGUUGCUCCGGUCGCCUCCUCGUCCGUCAUUUCUCCCAGGCGGCGCGGCCUGGCGGGGAGGAGCUAAGCCGCCUGCCAUUCGAUGACCUGGCUCCAGGCUGGCGGUCUGCUGGGGGACUGGAACUCCUGUUUGGCCUGUCUCCGUGCCUCCUGGCCCUGCGGGCCGCCCGCCGUCGCGUGGCCCGACUCCUGCUCCAGGCCGGCAGGGCCGGGCUGCAGGGGGAGCGGGCUGAGCUGCUCCGGGCGGCCGAGGAGCGGGGCAUCCCAAUUUUGCGGCCCCGACGGCGGAAGCUGGACGCACUUAGCCGCUACCAGGUCCACCAGGGCGUGUGCUUGGAGGUGAGCCCGCUGCGCCCCCGGCCUUGGACUGAGGCCGGGGAGGCAAGACCAGGCGACGACCCUCAGCAGCUAUGGCUUGUCCUGGAGGGGCUCCAGGAUCCCCGGAAUCUUGGGGCCGUGCUGCGCUCUGCUCACUUCCUCGGAGUGGAUAAGGUCAUCACCAGCCGGAGAAACAGCUGCCCGCUCACCCCAGUAGUCAGCAAGGCCAGCGCGGGGGCUCUGGAGGUAAUGGAUGUAUUCUCCACUGAUGACCUCACCGGUUUCAUGCAGGCCAAGGCCCUGCAGGGCUGGCUCGUGGCCGGCACAGUGGGGUGCCCGGGGCCUGAGAUUCCUCACUCCUCCGAGAUCCCUGUCAUUAGCUGUUUGGAGUUCCUCUGGGAUCGGCCCACUCUGCUGGUGCUAGGGAAUGAGGGCUCAGGCCUGUCCCAAGAGGUACAGGCCUCCUGCCAGCUUCUCCUUACCAUUCUGCCCCGACGGCAGUUGCCUCCUGGACUUGAGUCCUUGAACGUCUCCGUGGCUGCAGGAAUUCUUCUUCACUCCAUCUGCAGCCAGAGGAAGGGUUUCCCUGCAGAGGGAGAAAGAGAGCAACUUCUCCAAGACACUCCAGAAUCCUCAGCCACAUUCAAAGAGCCCAGAGUGGCUCAGCACCCAGGACUGUCUUCAGGAUCAGAAACAGAGAGGCAGAAUGCGGGCUGAUUUGGACUGCCUGAGGUGUGUGUUUGCUGGAGUGCAGGGGAUGGGUGCAGAGAUAUCCACACGCUCACAUGUGUCCGAGUCUCUGCCGAGUGUGUGCCCAGGCCUCUACUGACCAUCGCCUUGGGGGCCUUUGCUGUGGAGACCAGAAGUUCAGUUUCCUGUUUUGAUAUUGACCUCGCAGUUGGAGAUGAAACUUGUUAAUUUCCAGCAUGGACUAGGACAGAGGGUCUGUGUCCUCCCAGGAUUCUCCUGGAAGUUGAAGAGAAGUCUAGAUAUCAGGAGGGAAGAGGGCAGUGGACAGCCCAGUCCAGGGGCCUAUUCCUCUUGUCUGCUGUAUGGGACAUGAGAAUAUAGGGGGAGGGCAGGGCUUUCUGUGGAGUAGGCAGACCUGGGUGCAGAUCUGGGCCUCCAACACGGAUGCCCUGUGGGGCCUUGAGCACACAGCUUCAUCUUCUUGUGCCUCAGGGUCCUUGUUUGCACCUGCCUCAUAGGGUUGUUGUUGAAGAUCAAAUAAAACA